AUGUCUAUUUCGAAUGCUACUAAGCCGGACACAUCCUUCGUUCAGGUUAUCAACCCAUCGCUACCGCACGAUGACUAUGGACCACAGGUUAUCUUGACCGUUUGGGUCCUCAGUUCUAUGGCUUUUGCUUGGCUAGCGUUGCGAAUUUACUGUAAAUUUCUUCGAUCUCGUCGGCUCUGGUGGGACGACUAUGUCUUGAUUGUUUCUUGGGUCGUCCUACUGGGUGGAAACAUAUCGAUCACAUUCGCCGUUGGUUUGGGAUUUGGCAAACACACCUAUGACAUCAACCUGUUUAAAUUUUCGCCAAUGCUCUUCGUGUCGAAUUGUGGCGGUUCGUUCUUGAUCGUUGCCGCAGCAUUGAGCAAAACGGCCUUCGCGAUUACACUCCUGCGGAUCUCGUCGGGGUGGCAGAAAUCAUUUGUAUGGUUCAUCAUUGCAUCCAUUAACGCGGUUUUUGGUGUCAGCCUGCUACUUACUUGGAUACGAUGCUCGCCAGUCGAAAAGGCUUGGCUUGUUUGGCUUCAAGGAACAUGUUGGCCUUACCAGAUCACCGUCAACUAUAAUACCUUCACCGCAGCGUAUUCUGGCAUGAUGGACAUCACCUUAGCACUACUUCCUUGGAACAUCCUUUGGGGCCUCAGCAUAAAUAAGAAGGAAAAGAUAAGCGCAUUGGCUGCGAUGAGCAUGGGCAUCUUUGCUGGUAUCACGUCUUUUGUCAAGAUCUUUGCAAUACAGGACAGCAACAAUGCAGAUAUUGUCGAUACAGUCCAACUUGUGGUACUGGGAACCGCUGAGGUUGCCGUAACAGUCAUCGCCGCUUCAGUGCCCAUCUUGCGAGCACUGGCUAGAGAUAAGAUCCCUCAACCAGGGCCUUUUCUGGCACUUGACGAGACAGACCGUUGGACUCGACAAAGAAUGUCAGACGUCAUCACUCAUCCGGAAGAUAUCCCACCUGUUCCAUCUACUCCACAUUUUGAGGACAUCGAAAUGCAACCUACAACUAAGAAGAAGUGGGCGGCUGGGAGAGCACAGGUACAACACCUAUCUCAAAUCGAAGAGUCCGAUGAAGGCUCCGUUGAUCGGAGUCAACGAAGCUGGCAUGGUGGCCGGAAUACCGGCUUCAAGUGGGUCACGGCACCACAGAUGGAUCAAGGCUCUGCUGCAAAUCCUGUAAUAUCGCAAACUUUGAACCUGGGGUGGAAAGAGAAGCCCAUUCCCCGUGGACAUCGUGUUUUCUAUUCUACGCGUGUGGCCUGA